AUGCGGUGGCGGGGGCCAUGGGGCGCCUGGAGCCAGCAGGGGCGGGGGAGCCCGGUGGCUCUGAUCUCCCCUGGGGGCGCGGGAGGCCCGGCCAGGCCGCUCAGGACCCAUGCCAUUCCCCUGGUGAAGGAGCCGCAGCCGGCCCCAGCGCAGGCCCCGCUGCCCUGGGUGCCCCCCAGCCUGUUCGCCGCCUUCAUCGUGGUGCUGCUGCUGGUGCUCAGCGGCCUCUUCUUCGCCUUCCCUUGCAGGUGGCUGGCCCAGAACGGGGAGUGGGCCUUUCCCAUCAUCACGGGGCCCCUCUUUGUCCUCACCUUCGUCAGCCUCGUGUCACUCAACUUCUCAAACCCGGGCAUCUUACACCAAGGCUCCAACGAGCAGGGCCCCACGGCGGUGCACGUCAUCUCCGUGAACCGCAAGGCCUUCCGCCUGCAGUGGUGCCAGAGGUGCUGCUUCCACCGCCCGCCCCGCACCCACCACUGCGGCUUCUGCAACGUCUGCGUGGAGGACUUUGACCAUCACUGCCAGUGGGUCAACAACUGCAUCGGCCACCGCAACUUCCGCCGCUUUCUGCUGCUUGUGCUGUCCUUCUGCCUCUACUCCGGCGCCGUGCUGGUCACCUGCCUCAUCUUCUUGCUGCGUCCGAGCCAAGAGACCGCUUACAUAGACCGGGUCAUGGCCAUCCUGGUGGCCGUGCCCGCCGCCGGCUUCCUGGCACCGCUGUGCCUGCUGCUGCUGAUCCUGGCCAUGUCCGUGAGCGCGGCCGAGCGCUCCUGCGAGGGCAAGUGCCGCGACCUGUGUGGAUACAACCCCUUUGACCAGGGCUGCGCCAGCAACUGGUAUUUAGCAAUCUGUGCACCGCUGGGACCCAAGUACAUGGCCAAGGCUGUCUUGCUGCAGAGAGUGGUGGAGCCGGACAGGGCGCUCUCGCUCUCGCAGAACCUGCAUUGCCCAACGUGCCCCUGGGCUCUCGGCCCCGCAGCCGCCCAGGGGCCUGCCUCUGGCCAGCAGCCCCCACCUCCGGCUCUCCACAGGCCCGGGACUGCUCCCCCGGGGAGCGGGGAGGCUGCAGCCCCCCAGGAGGUUGCCUGGCGCUCGGUGAAGACCCUGGACCUGGGCUUCCUGUGCAGCUGCACCGGGCGGACUCUGGAUGCAAUCCUGCAGCUGGUGACCGCGAACAGAGGGGGCUGUGGCCAGGGCUGCCGCCUCAGCCUCAGCCUCAGCCUCAGCCUCAGCCUCGGGGAGUGA